AUGACUCUAUCGGCUGUACAUGUUCUCUGCGCUGCUAUCGUUAUCUCUGGCCUGCAAUACUGGUCCUCAAAGCGUCAAGCUCACCAACGACUCCCUCCAGGUCCUCGUCCGUACCCGAUCGUCGGAAACUUGUGGCAACUGGACAAGGCAGGAUCGUGGUUGACCUACACGGAAUGGAGCAAGCAAUAUGGAGAAGUGUUCAUGAUACGAUUCUUCAAUAAGAAAGUUAUCGUACUGAAUUCGGAACGUGUCAUCAAGGACCUUCUCGAUAAACGCUCGUUUAACUACUCAGACAGACCUCAUCAUGAAACCAUUGGACUCUUCGGACUUGGUUUUAGGACUGUUUUCAUGCCGUACGGGGACAAAUGGCGGGUGCACCGCCGCGUGUAUCAUCAAGCUCUCCAUCCAGAAGGCGCGAAGAUAUAUCGAUCGAUGCAAGUCGAGAAGGCAUACCAGCUACUGCAGAAUCUCUUGAGCUCGCCGGAUGACUACGUGAAUCACUUUGAUUUCUUUUCAGGUUCAAUCGUGAUGUCGGCGAUGUAUGGAUACAACGCAAGCCCCGAUGAUGACCCCAUUAUUCGCAACAUCAAACGUGUAAUGCAAUCUGUCGGGCAGGCAGAGACACCAGAAUUGGCAGCCGUACUUGACGCAUACCCUUCGCUGCUAAAAUUCCCUUCUUGGUUUCCCGGUGCUGGCGUUAAGAGAGGGGCAAGCGAGUUGCGCGAUCGCGUGAAGGACAUGAAGGAACCACCUUUUGAGUAUGUGUUAAAACAGAUGUCGGCGGGAACUGCUGAACAUUCCUUGGUCUUUCAGGCGCUGACGCGACUGGGAGACACUGGAGAGACGGCCCAGAUGAUCAAGGAUGCAUCUGCGACAGCAUAUAGCGCCGGGUCUGAGACGACUCCGACAACAAUGCAGGUCUGGGUACUUGCGAUGGUUCUUCACCCAGAAGUUCAGGCACGAGCGCAGGCGGAGAUUGACGCCGUUGUUGGGCACGACCGUCUUCCUGACUUCAGCGAUCGGCCGAGUUUACCGUACAUCGAAGCCAUGCUACGAGAAACGCUACGUUGGCACCCCAUCGUGCCUAUGAGUAUCUCUCACUCCGCACUCGAAGACGACAUAUACGAGGGCAUGUUGAUACCCAAAGGUGCCACGAUCAUUCCAAACGUCUGGGCCUUAUCUCGCAACGAAGAAAAAUAUCCCUCUCCCGAACGCUUCCUGCCCGAGCGUUUUCUAACGGAAACCGGUGAGAUUAAAGACGAAAACUUUGAUUUGGUUUUUGGAUUUGGACGGCGAAUCUGCCCGGGUCGCCAUCUGGCCGAUGCGUCGCUCUGGAUUUCCAUCGCAUGCAUACUCGCGCUCUUCAACUUCGAGAAGCGCAAAGACGCGUUCGGAAAUAUCAUCGACUUUGAGCCCAAGUAUACACCUACUUUGGCUUCGCGCCCUUAUCCCUUCCCUUGCUCCAUCGUCCCGCGGGACGGCGUGAAUUCCGAGAAGCUAUCGAAGCUCAUUGACGUUUAA